GCAUUACGAAAUUGCAUCGUAUUCUCAACUGCUUGAUCUGAGUUCUACCGAUUUGUUCAGUGUGUUAGCUACUUUUAACUUUUAUGCUGUAGCUUACGUUAAUAUUCUAUAGUAUCACCAUGUCGGUGGCAUUUGCACCUCACAGGCAGCGUGGGAAGGGUGAUAUAACACCCGCUGGAAUACAAAAGUUACUUGAUGAAAACAACCAGCUGAUCCAGUGCAUAAUGGAUUUCCAGAGUAAAGGCAAAACUGCUGAGUGUUCACAGUAUCAACAGAUGCUGCACAGAAAUUUAGUGUACUUGGCGACAAUAGCAGACUCCAAUCAGAACAUGCAGUCUCUCCUCCCUGCUCCGCCCACUCAAAAUAUGUCCAUGGGUCCUGGUGGCAUGAACCAAAGUGGCCCCCCUCCUCAGCCUCCUCACGGUCACAACAUGCCCUCUGAGGGUAUGGUCAGCGGUGGCCCUCCAGCCCCACAUAUGCAGAACCAGAUGAAUGGACAGAUGCCUGGACCUAAUCACAUGCCCAUGCAAGGUCCUGGUCCAGGCCCCAACCAGCCCCCGAACAUGCCCAGUGGCUCUAUGAAUAUGCCCCCCAGCAGCCACGGCUCCAUGGGUGGCUACAAUCACGCUGUCCCUUCCUCCCAGGGCAUGCCAUCUCAGAGCCAAAUGAAUAUGACCCAAGGCCAACCCAUGGGAAACUAUGGGCCUCGUCCAAACAUGAACAUGCAGCCCAAUCAAGGUCCAAUGAUGCACCAGCAGCCUCCCUCACAGCAAUAUAACAUGCCUCCUGGUGGUGGUGGACAGCACUACCAAGGACAACAGAACCCAAUGGGCAUGAUUGGCCAAGUCAACCAGGGGAAUCAUGUCAUGGGGCAAAGGCCAAUGCCGCCCUACAGACCCCCACAACAAGGACCCCCUCAGCAGUAUCCAGGGCAGGAAGACUACUAUGGGGACCAGUACAGUCACGCAGGACAGGGAGCAUCAGAAGGUAAUGCUCAAUAUGGCCAGCAGCAGGAGGCAUACCAGCAAGGCCCACCUCAGCAACAGGGAUAUCCUCCUCAGCAGCAGUACCCAGGUCAACAGGGCUAUCCACCCCAACAACAGGGAUAUGGUCCCUCCCAAAGUGCCCCAGGACAGUAUCCUAACUAUCCUCAAGGGCAGGGACAGCAGUACGGGGGCUAUCGCCCUCCACAACCCGGACCCCCACAGGGCCAACAGCAGCGCCCUUAUGGUUAUGACCAGGGGCACAUGAGGAAAUAAAGACCCGGGGAUUUGAACCCCUGACUAGCUCUGUAAGAAGCAAAGGGCCAGUAUGGAAAUUACCAGCAAUGAGAAGUGAUCACAGCAACCAACACAGCUCUGCUCUGAUCUCUAAGCUCUGACCUCUGGUCAGUUACGAAGCAGACUUUAAUGAUGGUUUUAAUCUCUCGGACACAAACACACAAUGCUCAAAAAUACAAGAUACAGUUUCCCCUCUCUUUGGGAUUUUAUCUUUGCUGAUAAGAUGUAGUCAUGUUUAUCAUGUUCGCUGACAUUACGUCAAAGUCAGUGAGUCACCUCUGGUCCAGUAUGUCUCAAAGCAGCAAUGCCUUAAAAAUGGAACUGCCUUAUCCUUUAGCAUUGCAGAUUGUGAAAUGGGCUAACAAAAUUUUGAAUAACACAUGAUGUAAAUGUACAGUUUGAAUCUACGUGGUGCACUGUUUCUCGAUCCUUCAGCUCCCCGAUCAUCAGAAGCAAUAAUGCCAGCAGUAGGUAAUUGUGCGGGGGACAGGGAAAGAUGAAACUGUGCACCAAGCAAACUUCCAGCUAGGCCAUGGUACAUGUCUUGAUGUAUGUGAUGAUGUAAAAAUAUAUUUUAUGCUUUUUAGAUCAAGCUAACUUUGUAUAAGACAUUGGAAACUAGUACUAAAGCUGUGUUGUUAAUUUCAUCAAGUGUAUGUGUCAAUGUUUUUAUUUGUUUGUUUUUUGGGUUUUUUUUUUUUUUUUUUAAAUCCUCUUUAAGAUCCCAUCCAGCACAUUUCCUUUAAUGGUUUAAUUGUUGAACAAUUUAAUUAAAUCUGCAAUAUCAGCAGCACGAACACCGGAAUACAAGAACAGGAAUUUUUUUUUUUUGACAUACACAGUAAUUCAUCAGUAAACAAAUAUGAACAUCAUACUUAUCAGAAAUUUGCUGUAUUCUGUGAGUUCUUUAGAUUUUUUUUUUCUCUUAAAAAAAAAAAAGUGGGUGAGUAAUUUUUUUAUUUAUUUUAUUUUUUUCAAACCCACAGUACUUGACAGAAUAAUGGUUGUUGGCCGCUAUUUGAUAAAUGUGCCCAAAGAGGUAAUAUGUAGCAGAUGCCACUGCAAAUUGUGAGUAAAUGCUCUCUGGAGCCCUGUUUUUAUUUUUUACUUUUUCUAUACACGCACCUCAGUCUUGUCCAUUGACUGCAAAUUAGUGAAUGGGGAAAGAAUCCAACUCGGUAUUACAAAUAUAUCUGGCAAGUACUUCAUUUGUUAGUCGAUAACGUUAGUUUGUUCACAGUGCUGGAAUCCCUCCUCCCCUUUGAAUAAACGUCUAAGUUGAUGCCAUUCAAAUAGUGUUGUGUGUGAAUAAAUGAUUGUUACUGUCAAAUAUGUAACAUAAGAUGUGAAAAUAAUGUUCUGAAAUCGAUUCCUUAAUUUCACAGUAAAGACUGGUUGUGCAGUUUUAUAUUACUGGCUUGAUAUCUGUAUUAUGGUGCAUAUUUUAUUGAUUCUCACGUGUACAGCGACAUAAAAAGAGGAAUUCAGUGUCCUCCUGGUAUUGUUUAUAUGGUUGUUUUAAUAUUUUUCAUUCUGCACCCCAUUCAAGUGGUGGUCACAUUUGUGUCAUGGCAAUGUAUAACUGUACAUUAUAAUAAAUCGGAAGAAUCUUUAAUA